AUGGAUUCGCAGCAAUUCCGAGAAGCGGCCAUUUCGUCUCUCGACCAGAUCAUCAUCUACUAUGAGACCAUCGAGGAUCGCCGGGUCACACCCACUGUGGAGCCGGGCUACCUGAGAAAGCUGCUGCCGGAAGAGGCACCGCAGGAGGGCGAGCCGUGGGCCGAUAUCCAGAAGGAUAUCGAAGCCAAGAUCAUGCCCGGCAUCACGCACUGGCAAUCCCCCAACUUCCUGGCUUGGUUUCCGUCAUCUAGCAGCUACCCAGGCAUGCUGGGCGAGAUGUGGUCGACGGCCUUCACAGGGGCGGCCUUCAACUGGAUUUGCAGUCCGGCCGUGACGGAGCUGGAAACCAUAGUCCUGGACUGGAUAGCCCGCGCCUUCAACCUGCCGCCCUGCUUCCUCUCAACAGGCCCCACCAACGGCGGCGGCGUGAUACACGGCACGACGUCCGAAGCCAUCGCCACAGUCAUGGUGGCCGCACGCGACAAGUACCUCCGGGAAGCAACCGCGCAAAUCACCGACGAGGACGAGCGCGAGGAUGCCAUAGCGCUGCGGCGCGGGCGACUUGUCGCGCUGGGAUCCACGGCCACGCACAGCGCGACCAAGAAGGCGGCGCAAAUCGCCGGUGUGCGGCACCGCGCGGUCUCUGUGCGGGCUGAGGAUGGCUAUGCCAUGACGGGCAAGGGGCUCCGCGAGACUAUCGAGGCGCUGCGCGGGCGCGGGCUCGAGCCAUUCUACCUCACGGCUACGAUGGGUACCACCGAUGUGUGUGCCGUCGACGACAUGGCGGGAAUCGCGGAGGUGCUGGCGGAGCUGGCGCCGCCGGGGCAGAAGGGGGAGAUCUGGGUGCACGUAGACGCAGCCUACGCCGGCUCCUCGCUCGUGUGCCCGGAGUACAACACGGUACUCACGACGCACUUCGACCGCUUCCACAGCUUCAACACGAACCUUCAUAAGUGGCUUUUGGUGAACUUCGACUGCAGCGUGCUGUUCGUGCGCUCGCGGCGCGACCUGACCGACGCGCUGUCCGUCACGCUGCCCAUCUUACAGAACGCCGCCACCGACAGCGGCCUCGUGACCGACUACCGCGACUGGCAGAUCCCCUUCGGCCGCCGCUUCCGCUCCCUCAAGGUCUGGUUCGUCAUCCGCUCGUACGGCAUCGCCGGGCUGCGGUCCCACAUUCGCGACCGCGUCGCGCUGGCCGAGGGCUUCGCCGCCAUGGUGAGGGAGAGGUCGGACUUGUUUGAGAUUGUUGCCGGGCCCGUGUUCGCGCUGACGGCGUUUAAGAUGAGGGGACGUGGGGAGGGUGCGAGCUUGGAUGAGCAGAAUGAGCUUACGAAGAAGAUGUAUGAGAGGGUGUUGGCGGACGGCAGGAUCUUCCUGUCGAGCACGGUGGUGGGUGGCACGUUUGCCAUCCGACACAACCCGACGGCGGUCUUGGUGAGGGAGCACCACGUCAAGCCGCAUUUCGAUAUUCUGGUGGAGGCGGCGGAGAAGACGCUUGCCGAGGCGUGA